AUGGCGUCCCGUCUCGACCGGAUCCUCGAUGGGCCUCCUCCGACCGCCGUCGACGUCCCAUGGACGGAAGUCCAAAGGGGGGCGCCAAGCGGGUCUCGUGAAAGUCAGCGGAGGGAGACGUCCCCACACCGCUCCCACGCUGACACUCCCUCAGAACCUGUGCCAGGUCAGAAUGUCUCCCGCCCCCAGCCUCUUCCCGCGUCUAAGGCGGGCCAUCGGGUCAAGUCCCUGACGGCGGGGCCGCUGACUCGCGGUCGCGCUACGGCUUCCAGCAAGGGGGGAAUGGAUCACAGGAGCGCCAGUCCAGGCAUCGGCCAAGUGGGAGAUGUCGAGCCGAGGCCGGCGCCUGCUCGAGAGCUUCUCUUACGCCUCUUCCUCUUUCUCAGGUUGAAGCAGACACUCGAGCAGGCUCAGCCCUCGAUGGCUAAAAGGCUCAAGGUGGGAGCGGCCUCUAAGGAUUCAAGCUCCUCCGACCCUCGGCCGUCGACCUGUAUCGAGGGCGCUCUGCCUCGCCCGUCGGUGGGGGAGUCCGCCCCGUUGUCGCCAAAGCGGAGGAAGAAGGAGAAAAAGGAGCGUGAGCAGGAGACACGGCGACAACCGCAUGAGGAGCAACAGCUACAGCAGAAAGAAGGAGAGGAGGGGCAGCCGCCAGCGGGUCCCCAGCUCGAGGAGCUGCUGGAGCAGGACCGUCAACGGGAGCUGCAGGAGCUCCAGGAGCAGCAGCAGCAGAGGGCCCAGUAG